GUAUUAGUAAACUGCAAGGAACAAACAGGUUGCAAAUUCUUUAGUGAUAUGGAAUAAGAAGAAGAAGAAGAUGCUUAAUUCAUAUUAAUUCCUCCUUCUGAGUUCUGACUUUCAACAGUUGCUGCCCUCAGUCCCUCAAAAUUUCAACUCCAUUUAUUUAUUUUUCUAAAAUUCCCCCCCUUCACCUGCUUCCAUUCUUUUUUAUUCCCUGCUCUAUUUCAACGGGCGAGGACUUUUGGAAGCUAGAAGAGGGUUUUCUUUCUCUCUGAAGAGGGUUCUUCUCAGUUGAUGAGCUCCUAUGGCCAUCUCAGUUGUAGUACUCCUUCUCCUCCUCCUCCUCCUCCACCAGAGCAUUUCCCUGUCCACGUCAUCGUCACCACCGUCGCCGCCGCGGCAGGACUGCAAAAUCUCCACAUGCACCGGCCGUGGCUCCAUCCCAGUCCGAUUCCCCUUCCGCCUCGCCGGCCGGCAGCCGCGGACCUGCGGUUACACCCCCGGAUUCGACCUCAGGUGCGACGCGCAGGGCCAGACUGCCUUCCAGCUCCCUCUCACGGCCGGAGACUUCGCCGUCCGGAGCGUCGACUACCUGACCCGGCGGGUCUGGAUCAACGACCCGGAUAACUGCCUACCCAAACGCAUCCUCACCCUCGACCUCGCCGGCUCGCCGUUCUCCGCCGCGUUCUACCACAACUACACUUUCCUCCGCUGCCCGACCCAGCUCGUGCGCUCUCGCUUCACCACCGUCGCCUGCCUCAGCAACUCGACGACCUCGGUUCUGGCCACGUCUUCCUCCGGCUUCGUCGGGUUCAUGACCGCGACGGCGUCCUGCGAGGUCGCCGGGACGGUAAGGGUGCCGGCGUCCUGGCCGGUGCCGUUUAGCGACGGGUCGUCGACGGCGCUGGACGACGAUGUGAUGUUGGUGUGGGACUCCCCUGACUGCACGGAUUGUGAAUCGCGAGGCGGAUCCUGCGGAUUCAAGAACAACGCCACUCGAGUUAUUGGUUGUUCAGGUGUGGGGUCAGCGUCUGCUUUGAAAGUUCUGAAGGUGCUCUCUCUAUCCCUAGCAAUCCCGGCAGCAGCUUGUGCCACCGGGAUCGCAUGCUUCGCAUUUUUCAUCGGCUGGGGACGGCGCGGAGCUACCACCAUGACCAUCAAUUCCGGCCACCGGAAUCCCGCAACGGCCGUAGUGCCGGAGCCCGUGCCGGCGAUGGUGACGGUGGGCCUCGACGAGGCCAUCAUCGAAUCGUACGAGAAAGUGGUGCUGGGAGAGAGCAAGCGGGUUCCCGGACCAAACGACACCGCCUGCGCCAUCUGCCUGACGGAGUACUGCAGCAAGGACACCAUAAGGCUGAUACCGGAGUGCAAGCACUGCUUCCACGCAGAGUGCAUCGACGAGUGGCUGCGCAUGAACACCACGUGUCCGGUUUGCCGGAACUCGCCUUCUUCUCCGUCAAAUGCCGCCCAUGCCGCCGGAGGAAACCCAGGAGGAGACACGACUGUCUGAUUGGAAAUGUGACAAAACUCUCUCUCUUUCUCCCCUCUCUGUCUAUCAUUUAAAUAGUUUGCAUCAUGUAAAUUACAUAUCGUAGUAUAGGAAACGACCACACGAAGAGAGUUGACUAGUUGUUUACGAGUGGUUCAUUCAAGGAUUUGUGUUAUGAUGGACGAUAAUGCGACAAAGUGAGGAAAAUAAACAAGAAGUGGAAUUAUGACAUAAUCUGUUCUAGCUACAUUUAUGGACAGGAGAGAACAUAUUUUCAUUAGUUUAGGAGGGUGCGCCUUACAUCAAUAAAUUUCGAAACUAGUU